AUGCUCUCCUUCGUCAACUACACUCCUCGUACUCACCCUGAGCACAAGAACAAGGAGCACUGCCGGGUUCACUCUAACCCAUCCAAUAUUCCUCGCGAUGUCUCCAAAAACACUUCUACCGUAGACCCCAAGGCUGCAGUUCCACGAUCUGCUGCUCCACCUACGCCUGGAACUUAA